CACCUACAGGAAGCAUACCUUCGCGAGCACGGCAACGCGUCGCCGCGCCGCGCCGCUCGAUACGCGCGGCGCGCGCGUACCGCGCGUCGCCCCUCGCCCCAUUGCCACAAUACCAGCCCUCCAAACAACACCCUGCCGCUUCCCGGUGAAAAUUACCAAUAAUUAGAAUAAUAACCUGCUAUUCGUACAGUUCAGUCCAUUCAAGUGUCUUUAUUCGAGUCAAGAAGAUAGCCGUAGGACGGAGCCAGCACAUGAAAGAUGAAUGAAUUGGAUUUGAUCAAGGAGGUCGAGAAACGGCCGAUUUUGUACGACAAAUCGGUCAGUGGCUUCAAUAAAACUAAACUCAGGGAUGACGCCUGGAAAGAAGUCCAAGAGGCACUCAAUGUGUCAGCUGAAGCAGAGUGUAAGAAGCGCUGGCGAUCCCUCCGCGACUCUUUCAUCAAACUGCAAAGGACUCACGGAGGCAGGACUCGGUGGCCAUACCAUCAGGCCAUGAGGUUCCUUCUGCCGCACUUGGACCCCGCCCACAGCAGCUCAUCAAAAAAAGAGGAAGACUCAGACACGGAAGAAGAGCGCCGCCCCCAACAGUCUCUCCCCGACCUCUCCUUCCAAGACAAGUUCGAGUAUGACGAGGAGCAGCCAGCCCCCAAGAAGGCCCGCCUCAACUCCUCAGAGGAAGAACCACAGAGAACUGACCCAGACGAACUAUUCCUCUUCAGCUGCGCGCCUAUCUUGAAGAGAUUAAACUCAAAACAGAACGCGGCAGCGCGCUUGAAGAUCUUACAAGUUCUGUAUGAGGCCGAAUUCGGAUGUCAAGUGGAAAUGCCGUACGUCACGACAACAGAAAAUGGGUUGGGGAUUAUUGAUGGUGUUGAAUAAUUUGUAGGGUUUUAAAUUAAAAUAACUUAAAAAAAAUUAAACAUAAGAACUCAGUAAUCUUAAUACAGAAACUUCAAUAACGUUUGUGGCAUACCGCAAGUCAGUUUUAAACUCCAUAAACGUAGGCGCAUAGUUCUUUUGAUACAGAGAUUUUUGUACGUUCACAUUUUGACG